CCCAACCCCCCCCCCCCCCUGUUGCUGUUUGUUUUAUUUCUUUUUUCUCCUGUAUUCUCUCUAUUUCCUUUCCUUUUCUCUUUUCGCUACAGGUCGGGACGAGACAUGCAUAUGGGCUAUGAUACCAGGCGUUCCUAAACCGGGGGGGACUCCAGGCAACUGGAAGGGCUGGGGGUUGGUGGUUUUCUUAUUCUCAUUCUUAGAGUCUGGAGGGUGUUUUUGUUCUGUUUGCAGAUUUUCUUUUUAUUUGGUCGUUUUUUUUUCACAUUUCUACUCAUGUCUGGAUGUUGGAUGUGCACACGUGUGUAACGUUGGAUGGAUUCACCCCUCAUUAUGUCUAAUUCCUGCUCUGGUAGCAGCGACAACCACGACCACACCUGGUGGAGGAGGACGAGGAGGGGCAGCACAUGGUCUGCCCCGGGGAAUAGACUUUUGCUUUGGGCCUCAUCUUGCUCCCUUGCUAGGCUGGGUCGCCGCGCUCUGGCGGGAUUCCGGGGGCGGUCAUUCCUGCGAGGGGCCUGUUGAGGCGUGGGGGAGAUAGCGGGGCAUUUACAGUAUAGCGCAAAUAGACGCGGAAAUACAC